AUGAAAAGGGGGAAUAGAACACAAAGAUUUAUUCUAAUGGGUUUUCCUGGAGGCCUUGGACUACAGACAUCACUGUUUAUUCUUUUCCUGAUUAUGUAUGCACUGACAGUAAUAGAAAAUGUGGUGAUUAUUGUAUUAAUCCGGGUAAACAUCAAGCUUCAUAAACCUAUGUACCUCUUCCUGAGUAAUCUGUCUUUCCUGGAAAUAUGGUAUGUCUCAGUCACUGUCCCCAAGAUGCUUGCUGGCUUUGUGUCAGAGAAGAAGGAUAUCACUUUCAUUGGUUGUAUGGCUCAGUUGUACUUCUUCUUGGCUUUGGCAUGUACUGAGUGUGUCCUCCUAGCUGUUAUGGCCUAUGACCGCUAUGUUGCCAUCUGCAACCCAUUGCGCUAUCCAGCCAUUAUGAACCAAGACCUCUGCAUCCGCUUAGCAGCUUGUUCCUGGAUGAGUGGCUUUUUCAUAGCUAUGGGGAAGGUCUUCUUCAUCUCACGCCUGAGCUACUGUGGACCUAACAUAAUCCACCAUUUCUUCUGUGAUGUCUCCCCACUUCUCAACUUGGCCUGCACUGAUAUGUCACUAGCAGAACUCAUGGACUUCCUGCUGGCCUUGAUCAUUCUCCUUGUCCCACUCUCUGCGACAAUUGUCUCCUACUUCUGCAUCAUCUCCACAGUCCUGCGCAUCCCUUCAGCCAAAGGAAAGCAAAAGGCCUUUUCCACUUGUGCUUCACAUCUUGUAGUAGUCACCAUUUUCUAUGCUGCCUCCCUUUUUAUCUAUGCCCGGCCAAGGGCCCUCACUUCCUUUGAUGCCAACAAGUUGGUGUCUGUUGUCUACACAGUGCUAACACCACUUCUCAAUCCAGUCAUCUACUGCCUGAGGAAUCAGGAAUUCAAGGAUGCCCUCAGCAAAACAGUUCACAUUUCAGAACACCAAGAUCCAAGGAAAAUAAGUUUUAUCAAUAUAUUUUUUAGAACUUUCUAA